CCGGUUUUUACAGGAAAAGCCGUUCCUGCAACUCAUAAGUAAUAUUGUAGCCAGGGAAAUGUACAGCGUAAAAUAAUGUGCAUGAUCCUGAUUGAGAUGUUUUUGUUGACAUUGCGACCAUCGAAUCAGACACUAUAAAGGUUUGGUAAGUGAUAGACAGGUGAGACGAAGGAUCGAGGGGCACCUGCUGCUUUGUCGUCAAGUCUGUAGCUUCCGUCCCAACUUGCUCUGACCUCAUCAGAUUUGCGUGGCUACUAACCCAAGUGAUGUCACACUAUAUGGAUAUGUUAAAUGCAUGAGGCUGAGGGGGUCAAGAGGAGACGACUGCAUGCCACAAUGGCCGAGGGUCAGGAAGGGAGCACAACCACAAAUGGAGAGGUUUUCCGUGUUGAGGAAAGGCCAGAACAUGGCAUGAAAAUACUACAAGGCCUCAACAAGCUGAAGAAUGAUAAAAUACUGUGUGACGUUACUCUCAUUGCAGAAGGUAAUGGGAACUGUAGACGCAAGUUCGAUGUCCACCGAGUCAUCCUGGUGUCGUGUUCGGACUACUUCCGAUCCAUGUUCACCAGUGGGAUGCGAGAGAGCACACAGAAGGAGAUUGAGCUGAAGGGAAUCACCGCAAAAGGUCUGGAGAAAGUCCUUGAAGUCAUCUACACCUCGACAACCACGCUGGAGGGGGACGACAUCUUUGACGUCAUCGCCGCUGCUACCCAUUUGCAGGUUACUCCGGUCAUUGAGUUUUGUGAACGCAACUUCCUGAGUGGAAUGACCACUACCAACUUCUAUGAUUUUAUCAACACAGCUAAGCUGUACAGCAUGAACAAUGCCCUGAAACAGAUUGAUGUGUUCAUAGCAAAGAAUCUGAUGCAGAUAGCCAAAGAAGGAACUCUGCAGCUGCUGACAUACGAGCAAAUGCUGAACUGUCUCAACAGUGAGAAAUUGUGCCAGCGUGAGAUCGACAUAUUCCACAUCACCUGGGAGUGGUUGAAACAGUCGCAAGCAUCGGCAGCAGCAGCGCAGUCACAGGAAGACCACUCUCCAGCUCUCAUGAAGCUGAUCCGAUUUCCCCUGAUCAAUCCCGCCGACCUUGUACAGCAUGUACAGCGGGUUGAGACCAUGAUGACCAACCCGGAGUUGAGGCAGAUGGUUCUCGGAGCCCUCAACUACCAUGUUGUGCCGCACUCGCAACCCCUCGUCAUGGCUUCAACUGUCCAGCUCCGGUCGUACGUCGAGCGACUCGUCAGUGUAGGUGGAAGAGAAAUACACCCCAAUCCUUGUCUUCAUGAUGAGAUUUUAGUUUUUGAUUCCAAAAUUACUUCCAACAGUUUAUUAAACCGUCAAGAAAUUGCCACCCUGCCUAGUGCUCUUAGUCAUAUGCAGGUGGUAGUGUACAACAACUUCCUGUACGUCCUUGGGGGCUGCACGACACAGUGUGCCCACGGCGAAUCUGCUGUGAACUCAGUUUUACGAUACGAUCCACGGUUUGACAGUUGGUUUCAGGUGUGCCCCAUGCUGAACAAGAGAGCAUACUUCUUUGCUGGAGCUUUGAACAAUAAAAUAUAUUCUGUGGGAGGAAAGUUCAAAGAUGGCAGUCUUGCAACAGCCGAAGCUUAUGAUCCUGCAGAGAACACAUGGGAGUUGAUAUCGUCCAUGCCGAUGUCGUAUCACGCCCAUGCAGGGGCAGUCUAUAGCGGCCAUAUUUAUAUUUCAGGUGGUUACAGUGGCAACCAUUUUACACCCGAUAUGCAGCGGUAUGACCCUCAGACCAACCAGUGGGAAGACAUGGCGCCGAUGUUGACGCCACGUGGUUGGCACGUCAUGUGUGCAACACACGACAAAUUAUUCGUGUUUGGGGGAUGCAACUUAAAUGUGAAUCAGCAAGCACAACCAGUGAUGCAGUCAGAGUGCUAUGACCCUGCCAUAGACCAAUGGACAAUUAUAGCACCUCUGUCUAUUUCACAUAAAGAAGCUUCAUGUGUAGUGUACAAUGACCAAAUCUAUGUUCUCGGGGGCUACAAUGUACAAACCAAGACGGGACAGAAGCUGGUGUCCAAGUAUGACAUAUACACCGGCAUUUGGGAGACAGUCGGGGCCCUGCCUAGGAGCUUGACCGGAGUAGGAUAUUGCACUCUGCAGUUACCUUCGUACAAUGUGGAUGAAGGGGACUGAGCCUGAUAAUAAACUCCCAACACUGUCUUAACGAUGUGUUCUUGGGCAUACUAGAUAACCUCAGUGUUCACGGUAUCAAAAUGGGCGAACUGGAUGGGACAGUUUGCAAAGAGGAUUUGACCACACCAUGAAAUGUGUUUAUGUGUAGUUUUGAUGUGAUAUCUAAUAUUUGUUCCUAUGGUUACGUACUUGUGCAAAAAGAUCUACAGUGGUUACUAAUCUUACUGGGCGUAAGGUUGUUAUUACGUAAAACGUUUCCGUUUUUCAAAUACCUUUCAGUGUUUGAAAUUAAGCAUGAGGUCAAGGGGUCCUUCUCACCCUUAAUUACAAAUUGAAGAAUUAGGGGGGAUUCAUAUAGAUUAAAUACAACCGUUGCAGCGAACUCAAGGACCCCAGGACCCCCCUUAAUUUCUUUUGGUGAAUCAUACACUUUAUAAGAUUUAUCAUACCAUGUUUUAUUCAGACAAAUCACUGUUUGGACAAGGAUUGAGCUAUUAGUUUUCAUAAUGAAACACAAUCAAAGCCUUUUAGCCAUUUUUUUUUUUUGGCUGUUGUCAGAAAAUAUAAACUUAAGUCAGGUUUAUAUCUUGUCAGUACAAAAGAUGGAAAAAAACAUACAUGUUUAAUUGUUAUUAAUUCUGGUCAUGGUAUAAGAACAUAAUAGAGCACUAUAUAUAUCCCCUAACAAAUUGUAUCCCAGUAGGUUUAUAUUGCUAUUGGUAGGUCUUGAAAUUACGGCUGUGGUUCUGGCCAACCUGCAUUUGUCUUUUUGUAAGACUUCUAUUAAAUUACCCCUCAAUCUACAUUAAGGUGAGGCUGCUUUUACAGUUGGCUUACAGAUUCCAGCUACGCUAAAAAAAUGUUAAGUAAAUGAAAUUAUCUGAACAGGUUUAUUAUUCUGCAGAAUGCUGACUUGUGUUCACCUAAAACAUGUGCAUACAAUAAGUUAGAAUGCAAGACCUAGUGGUGAGAUCAUUCUUUAGCACCCUACACAUGACAACAUAUAUUCAGGUAAGGUUUUGACUGGAAAAAAACUUAACUGAAAUGUCUGAUUUGUUUUGUAUCUUCCCCAGCUGCAUACCAGGAUUUUUGCUAAAGAAGGGUUAAUAAAAAAUCUGGACUUGACCUUUGCCCUGAUAGCCGCAUACCUCAACAUUAACACAACACAACACAACACAACACAACACAACACAACACAGUGUAUGCCAUGAAUCCUCCUUUGUUGCCACCCAGUUCAACAUUAUGUUAUGCCGAUGUUAGUGUGAUCAUUCUGUCUGAUGUGAAACAAUUCACUUUCUGUUACCAUGGUUACCAUGCAUAAAUACCAGCAGCUGUUUCUUACAGAUUAUGCAGUUUUCAGGUGAAAUAUGUACACACUGUGAACACCUGUAGUUGUUUCUCAGAUUAACGUCAAAUUUAGGCAGUGUGCUGACACAAUACAACAUGAUUGUUUCUAAUCGUCCUGAAACAGCAGAAACUGAUUAGAUUUGAUUCAGAAAUCUAUCUUAUGUAAAUGAGUAGGACAGGGCAGAUAACCUCGUCAUCUGUCCAGUUGCUCCGUUGUUACAUUUCAUUCAUCCUCUAGAUCUCCACUGCUCUCAUUUUGAAAACCUACACUCACCCCUCGGAUCCAUAUCCAUGAUCUCAAAUUACCCACCCUUGAUUUUCAAUGACAUUUUACCGAAUAAACACUUUUCGAGAUAAGUAAAAAAGGAAAUGGAUAAAAGAUUUAUUUCAUGUUGCCUAGACACCGUCAGUUUUAAUGGACAUGCGAACAUAUAUGCGAACAAAAAAUAUUUUUGACUUCUUUUUUUAGAGUGUCAGUCAGUAUUUUAAUGUUGAACUCGCAAACUCUUUAGUGAUCAAUAGGGCUAACUGCCAUGUUGUUGAUAUCAUCUUUGAGGUUGGUUUGUAAUUCUUUUUGGUCCCUUGAGACUGAGUAGUGUGGCAUGUCAAACUGGCAAAUAAAAAUCAAGGGGAUGUAAUUUGAGAUCAUGGGGUUGUGUAGGUUUACUGAAUGGGGGGGCGGGAGAUAGAGAAGGUGGACCCACUCUGCCAGGCUGACACCAGCUGGUCCCAGGCAGCCAGUUUGGAAGACCGUGAAAGCGUAAAACUCAAAUUCAACUUUUUCAAAUUAUUUUCCAUUUUAAGCCCCACCAAGAUGGUUUGAGUUUCCCAGUGAAAGACCUUUCAUUCUUUAAUGAAGAGGUCCAGGCGUAUAGCUUAUAUUACACCCACACCUGUUUACCAUGGUUUCUAGUGUGCAUUGUUGGUUACAAUGAGAGGAAAAUAUGUCAAUAUGAUGAAGAUAAACUAAACAUUGUGAAACCUGUGUAUUUAUAUGGAUCUCUGUGUCAAAUAAUCCAGGGAACUGAUACAUUACAUGAUAUAUAUACCGGUAUAUAUAUUAAUGUCCUGAUAGUGUACCAAGGAAAUAUUGUCAGCAGCUGUACUACGACGAUCAAUUAAUAUAGCAUCAUUAAAAACCAGAAAUCCGAACUAGAGGAAUUGUCAUAGAGUAUUCCAAUAAGAAAGUCUUAGUUUCCAAAAGGACAUUGAAGCCUCACUUUGACUUUCGGUGACUUGUUGAGUGGUCCCAUGUAAUUUGCAUAAUGGAGUGUGCAUAUAUAAAACCAUGCAGUAAGACCAAGGGAACCACUGGCGUUGGUAACCUACGUGUAUCAGGAAAACCAGCAACCGUAACCAACGUGUAACUGUGCACAACCAGCAUCACCAGCGCCGGUAACCUACGUGUGAACUACCAGGAACCUGUUGAUCAUUGGUUCCAAAUGGAAUCUUUGUGAUAUCUGUGUAUAAUUGUAAAUAGUUUUGCAUUGUGUAUUUGUAGGGGACAGUCUCAACAGUUUUAUUGAUUUUAUGUGUAGAAAACAACUUUUGAAUGAUCCCUGUCCAGGUGAUAAAACCACAUUGCAGCUGCAGCUGAUGAACAUAAAGGUCAUAUCUAGGUGUGUUCUCAAAGGGAAGGUUUGUAAUAAGAUCCGUAUCAAAUACAGAGGUGGUGAUACGAUGCAUAUCACAAUACUACCAAAUUUAUGUCUUGAGUUCCUGUGUUCUGCUGGCUUAUCAGAACAGAAUGUCAUCAUUGGCGAGUAUUGGUCAUAUAUGGUGUCAGCAGCUGUGUAAGACGAUACCUUGUUGUGGGGUUAUCUUGGUACUCCACUAUCAAGCUGCAUGUGUUUCGAGAUGAUGCUAUUCAUGGUGAUACAAGAAUUCUUCAUGUAGCCUUCCCAUUGCGCUCUGGCAGACCUCUAUCUCCCUGCUGUGGAAGCUCUUCAUACAUCUCAGUUUGUGUCAGACCGUGGGUAUCAGUCCAUGGGGAUUCCUGGUUAGAAUACAUCCCCAGCGAACUGUUUGUUGUAAAAGGCGAGAAUGUGGAUUGGGUGGUUGCCAGGGAUGUUGCAAAUAUCAAUAACUGGUUUGUCUGGUCCAGACCUGAUUAUUUAAUGACUCUCAUCAUAUUGCUGGUGUACUUCUGAGUUUAGUCUCAAUGUCAAACAGGCAUAUUAAUUAAUGUCCUCCGUCAUAUUGCUGGAAAAUUGCUGAGUGUGGCAUCAAACAACCAUCUUAGUUUGUGUCAAUUAGAAACCAUAGUAAAAUAAUAAUUAGGAAGUGUUGAAUUUUGUUGAAAAGUAAAGGAGAAUCUGAAAAAAUACUUUUGUUUUCUGAUUGUUAGCUUGUGUUCACCACCAAAUACAAGGUACAGCAAACAAUAAGUACACUGAAGACUGGAGAGAUGCAGGACCAACACUGCACUCAAGGCUGCAGGGUCAGAUAUUUAGACCAAAAAUAUUUGUCCCCUCACUAGCUGACCAGGAUUUUUUCGUGUGAAAUUACAAUUGUUUCCCAGGUUGUGAUAUUUUUAAGUUGUGUUCCUAAUGAGGUGACAGUAAGAAAAUAAGAAACAAAAUGAAGUGUAGGAGGCUUUUUAAAAACAUUUAAGUUACUAAUUUUGUUUCAGAUAUUUAUUCAAAACCUUUCUUGAUGAAACUACAAUAAUGACCUUUGUCAAAAUAUUAUCGUGAGUUCAUAUGUUUGUAAUUAGUAUUUGUCUUGUUUUAUUUGCAGUCCAUUUAUUUUGCUUAUUUAUUUUGGGGCCCUCCUGCAUCUUGAGAUUUUGACCUAGGAUAACUGUAAAAAGCAGAAAUAAAAUACUUUUAUACCAAAGUGUUUCUAAUGUGCAUGGAUGAGUUUCCCAGCCCAUCACAGGGCGACCAACAUCUUCAACAAUAUAUACUGGUUUCUAUGACAACAGGGAGGUCGAGUGAUGUAAGGCACAGUAAAGUCCUGAAUGAUCUGUUGUAUAAGACAUUGGCUAUGCACAAUGCAAAUGUCAAUUUUACAUCAAAUAAAAUUCACGGGAAUGUU